GAUUGAAAAAACUGUAAACAAGUUAAUGUCGAGUUGCAAUAAUUGAGAAAACUAAGCAACAUACUCUGCUGACAGCGUCACACUGCAGGUGCUUUGUAUAGGACAAGAUUCUGACUGGAUGACUUAAGUUUAAAACAAUCCUUGGUAUCAGAGGGAUGACUCACCAUCAGGAAUCUGGACACAGAUUGGUCCACUUGGAUUUGAAAGGUGCUCCUCCAAAAGUGGAUUACUUCGAAAAGGUCUUCCCCUUGCUGAAGAGCUUUGGUGCCACAGGACUGCUGAUUGAGUAUGAGGACAUGUUUCCAUAUUGGGGAGACUUGGAGGAGAUAGCAUGUGAAUAUGCAUACAGUAAGGAAGCAGUAGAGAGGAUCCAACAGCUAGCAGCAGACAAUGACCUCAUAGUCAUCCCACUAGUACAGACGUUCGGCCAUUUUGAGUUUGUUUUAAAGCAUGACAAGUUUGUGUCUUUACGAGAAGUUGCCACUUUUCCGAUGGCUCUGUGUCCCUCCAAUCCGGAUUCCCUCACCGCUGUUACCAUGAUGAUGGAUCAGGUGAUUGAGCUUCACCCCGCACUUCAGUGGUUCCACAUCGGAGCUGACGAGGUUUACCACAUUGGUGUCUGUGAUAAGUGUAAGAAGAGGAUGAGCCAGGAGAAUUUAACCACACAGCAGCUCUUCUUCGCCCACACACAGGCUGUCCUCCUCUACCUUAAAGCCAAGCAUCCCAAUCUCAAACCGAUCAUGUGGGACGACAUGUUACGCUUCACUGAACUUCCCGUUCUUCAAGGGUCUGGACUCGGAGGCCUGGUGGAGGUGAUGGUGUGGCACUACCUCACCAACUUCCAACUCCCUGCAGACAUAUGGGAUAAAUUUUCUCAGGUGUUCCCCAACAUCUGGGUUGCCAGUGCGUUUAAGGGGGCGACAGGCUCCAGUGUGUAUACGACAAACAUUAAAUAUCAUGUGGAGAACCACCUCAGCUGGCUACAGAUACUGGACAAGGAGAAAACCAAGUUCAACAACUUCCGUGGCUUUGCCAUUACAGGUUGGCAGAGGUAUGACCACUAUGCCAUACUGUGUGAGCUUCUACCACAGGCACUUCCAUCUCUUGCCAUUUGUUUGUCUAUCAUAAAUAAAGGAACGUUCUCCUUUGAUAUCCACAACGAGGUUUCCAAACAACUGAAAUCCAACUGCCUCAUUCCCAUUAAUGCACCACAUUUGACCGAGAUCCCCCAUAGCGAAUUCCCAGGGUCGGACGUAUACAAGGCUAUGCUCGAGUUUAUUCGGGUAGAUCUGGCUUUUGAUGACUUCAUGAACAAUGAGGCGCGUUUGACUUGGAUGAACGAGUACCACUUGAAGCGUAACUUUGCCAACCCUGUCCACGUGGAACCUCUACUGGCACAGGCUGUAGAAAUCUUGGACAGCCUACAAAUGAUAUACAAAAGUCUACAGACAACCUUGUCCCAGGUUUUUUACCCCAACACCGUCGAGGAGUGGCUCACUGUCUUCCCUGGAUACCGCAUCGCCAAACUUUCCGAGGUUAUCGACACUGUCCGAAAUAACCUGGGUCAUAAUAAGGACAUGCAGACCUGAGGGAGGUCCUCAAACAGACACUAGUGUGUGUAACAACAGAUUUCAGUAAAACUGGAAAUAAUGUCAGUGUUUUACUGUUUAGUUUUCCCAGAAGUAGCCUUAUUUUUCUGAGGAGUAGUACGUUUUAUUGCUUAUCAAGAUGCGAAUUGGGAAAAUAAGAAAUUGUUCGCUGCAGUUUGAAAUCUAUAUAUUACAUUUACAGCAAUCACAAAAAAUUCUGAAAUAUAGAAUACCAAAAUAUAUGAAAUACUUAUGAAAUAUAAAAUGUGUGUCCUGUUUGGCAAAUGCUGGAUGACAAAUGUACUGGGAAUUAUACGGCUUAAUUUGUCUGAAGCAGUUUUUAUAUCAAAUUGAGAAUAGUGUUAAAAAUCUUUGCAAUAACUUCUUUGUGCAUGAGUGUGCAAAAUUAAAUCGGUGGCCAAGUGGUUAAGGCGUCCGACAGUUUGCUACCACUAGCCCUCCACCACUGGGUCACAGGUUCAAGACUUAAGUGGGGCAGUGGCCAGGUACUGGCCAUGCAUAGGUCAGUGUUUUUUCUCCGGAACUCCAGCUUUCAUUAAAUGACCAUAGCUGUUAAUAGGACAUAAAACACAAACAAACCAAACCAAAUGGACCAGUCAAGAACAACUAGGCUUAAGGUUCAGCUACUAGCUAAUAUUAGUCUUAGAUGGUGUGCAAUAUUGACCUGCUCUUGUAUUGUGAUGUCCUAUAUGUUGUGAUAAAUUAGCCUCGCGCCAGAGCUCUCACAGUUUCCUCACCAAUGUCAUCGUUUGUUUUAUGGAUAUGUACCGUGUGGGUUAAAGAGGUAAAACUUAGAAAAAGUAUCAUUGAUAGGAGUGAGGAUUAAAUAGAUAAAAUAUUGAGAAAUGUUUUCUAUUUGUUAUGUGUAUGUAUUGCAGAUCAGUGAUAUAAAACAUAUAAAAAAGAUGAUGGAUAUUACUUACCAUGAGUGUUCAGCUCAAUGAUUAUUAUAAAUGGCUCUGUGUGUCUGUAUUUAUUUAUAUAUAUAUUGAUAGCAAACCAUCACUUGAAUACUUAAUGUGCUUAUAUAAUUGAGCUAUUGCUAGUAACAAGGUAUUAAUUUUCAUUCUUGCAAUGAACCAUAUGUUAUGUACAUAAUAUGUUGGAAGCAAGCUGAGAAUAUUUCAUGUACUUAUACAUUUUGUUGAAAGUGAAAUCUUGUGUGAAAAGGCCAUUGAAGGCAAUAGGGAUUAUAUCCUAGAUGCUCCAAACUCCAAACACAAAGUGUAAUAUUGUGUAUUGACACCAAGGCAAGUCUGGAAAUCACCAUUUGAUUGGGAAAAUUCGUAAUAUGAACGAACCUCUACAGCUGAUUUUCGUUAUUGUGAAUAAAAUAAACUCAAAUAACUCAUACAGUAAGUGUGAGUGCUAAUCAACUAAAGAUAUAUACAGUAUUACCAGUAUUUGAUGAAAGCUGUGUCUAGGUGAUGUUUGAUAUACUAGUAUCUCGAAUGAAGGGAGAUCAAUAUUGCAUCAGUACUGGUUCUUCUAAUAUGAUCAUGUACGGGCCGUUACUUUUAAACCAAACCUGUAGUAUAACUGCAUCAUCAAUGAUGUGCAAUGCAGUGUCAUUAGGUCACUGUGGCCUUUACCUCAAGGUCAAAGGUAAAAAAAAGUCUGAUUAUUUCAAACAUUUAAAGGUGUAUGCCUAAGUGAUGACAAUGGUCCCUCGAUCACUGUAUCUAAUUUUGCUUAAUUUAGUUUAAUUAUAUAUAACGGCAUUGUUAACUCUAUCAAAGCAUUAUUUGUGACUAUGGAGUCAGUUUUGAGGACUUCUAACUUGUGCAUAAAUGCAUUUUAUAACUUAGCAGUAGGCAAUUCCUCUAAUAAAAAGGUAAAGUUAGUGCUAAGUUGAAGAUAUCCUGAUAAAAUUUGCAGGAUAUCUGCAUCACCCAGAGACGAUGUACAGUAUACUGUCACUAGGUUACUGUCAAAGGUCAAAUAUGUGCACAGUUAUUAGGAAUAUCUUGUCUGGGCCGUAACUUUUAAACAGUUAAAUAGGAGACAUACGUUUUUGUUCACAAAAACAAAUCUCUAGUUCUAAAUGUUUUAAUGAUUGGUGAACAAAGUCAGGAUAUCAUUUUUUAAUUAUUUUUCAUCUUAGAAUCGAACCAGUGAAGUUGAAUAAAAGUAGCAGUUUAAAAAUGAUGUAUACUUAAUGUAGAGAAUAAAACAUGAGAAAGCGGGACAUAUAUGUUCUGUUAGAGGUUUGACAAUUUUAUUAUCUCCGAGGUAAAUGAAUAUUUUUAUGACUAUGAUGAUAUAUUGUGCUGUUUAUUAUAUUACAUUUAAUGAUCUGUAUGCUCAAUAGUUAUGACAUGGUACUUAAAUAUUACACAUCAUGCCUCUCCGUUGAUUUGCCAAUCCAUCAUGCAUCAUAUUUUUAUUAGUCAGUCAUUUUCACUAGUUUAGAACAAACAUUUAUUCUAUAUUUCCAAAUUUUGAGAUAUAUAUCUGGUUUAAACAAUCAUUAGAAAAAAAAUCACUGUUCUAAAAUUUUAGUUGCAAUCAUUUUAGUACAGAAAUGUUUGACACAAGAUGUUACCGAGAAAUUCGCUGUAUAAAUCUUUCUUCUAUUAUCUGGUUAAGUGGAUUUACAGGUAGCUGUAUAGUGUUUGUUGAAAGUCUAAUAUAAAAAUGAUAACCAAAUGUUGUCACAAUGCUGAGAUGGUAGCUUGUAUAUAGUAAUGAGUAGGUCAACUAGUAACAGUUACAGAUUCUGCUAAUUCUUCUAAAACGCCUUAUUAGGUAUAAUUAUUGUGUCGCAUCACCAGUAAAUAUGCCUCUCUAGGCCCCAAAAAAUGCUUACAGCUAAAUCUCGGUGAAAAUUAUGGUAUGUAGGUACAUGUACAGGUUAAUUUUUAUCUUUUAAUCAUGAUCUGACAUUGUUUUGUUAAUAAUAAUGAUUACAAGACUGCUUUCAAACCGCUUAUUAAACUUUUUAAUUCAAUUGCUGAAGUAAGAAAAUCAGUUUGAUGAUUAACUAUUUACUUUUUUUUUCCAGAAGAAUUUUAUUGUAACCUUCAAGAAGCCAAAUUAAAAAUUUUGGGAUCUGCAUUUCAUAGCAAACAAUGUUGGGGUAGGAUUAAGGGAACCCCAAACUCAUGUUUGGGCCUUAUACAUAUUAUAUCUGUGAUUUAGAGAAGAGUUGCCUCUCUUAUAGUAAUCCUGAUUAUGAUCUCUGAAUGCUUUCUUGUGUACCUUUCAAAUAUGUCAUAAUUUCAUGUGCACUUACCAAAUGUGUCAUCAGUUUUUGUGUACUUUCCAAAUGUGUCAUCAGUUUUUGUGUACUCUACAACUAUGUAAUAAGUUUCUGUGUACUUUUCAAAUGUCAUCAAUUAACCAUUUUCCAAUUAUCAUUCAUCAAGAAGUAUGACAUUUAGUAAGAUGACCCUGAAGUCCUCAGAGAUAAAUGGCACAACGAGGUGACUACAAACCUACAUACAUUAUAUACAAAAAAGUAUGACUUUAUAUCCGAUAAGUUUUUGAUAAGACUAAUAUACAUGUAUCAGUUUUGUUCUCCCACCCAAAUAUAUUGUUGAGUGAUAGAAAGGUGGACCAUGAUUAUAAUUAUGGAUUGAUUUUUGAUAAGUUAAAGACAGGGAUAAAUGUCGAAAAGUUUCAUGCUGUAUGUAUCUAGUGUAUGGGAUAUUGUCUUGCAAAAUGUGCACUUUGUCUUUAAAAUAUCAACUGUCUCUUUUUAAAUCAUUAUUAUCUUGCUAGAAAUCAAAGCUCAAUUUCAAACUGAUAACCAUUAAAUUAAAUUAAAAAUUAAGACGAACACUGGUUUAUCUUUCUUAAACAUUUUCUAAAAUUAAUUUGACAAGUGACAUUGAGAAACCAAAACCAAAUAAUUUUGGUUGGUUAUAGACAGAUUAGAUUUUUUUAGAAAAUUUCCUGGGUAGAAAUUAUGUCGGUGCAUUUUAUUAAUUUCAUUACAUUGCUGAUUGAGAAAGGAUUCUGUUCUCAUUUAUACCAGGUUUUGUAUUUACUUGUUCCAAUAAUACAUAUUUGUUUCAUCUCGGUGAUGGAAUUGUAAUAUGAAGUGGUGAUACACAGCUGGAAUGGAAUCGACCCUAUCAGUGUUUACAAAGAGCCAUAUUAUAAGAUAAAGCUUGGUUCAUUUACCUUUCACAUUGACGAAGAUUAAAUUGUCACUUUAUUUUGAACAAUAACUCUUUCUGUUGUUUAUUUAACCAAUUUGAUCUUAUAAAUUGAGCAACAAAGCUGUAAUUGUUCAAAGCAAAUCAUGCAUAUGAACGUACAUUUACCCCUAAAGAUAAUGGAGGGACAAGAGUGACGACCAUACAGAACAUAUAUUACCCGGUACAGGGUAAUAUAUACCCAUUUGAAGAUAGUUGUGACUUAAAUUAUUACCAUUGUAAAUUGUAGGUCUAGUCUUGUUUCUUUGCUAAUGAAAAUCCUUUGUAAAAUUAAUAUCACCCUUGGAAAGAAAACAUUAAAAUGGUGAAUCACAAA